AUGGCCUCGGGGAGCGAUUUCAUCUCCGUCUUCGCGCGCGUGAAGCCCUCGGAUCAGCCCUCCGCCAGCGUCAGGCUGCCGCCAGGGGGUAGGUCGCUGGAUGUGCUGGUGGCGCGGGGCUCGGAGUCGGUGGAGAGCUUCUCGUAUCCCUUCGCCGAGGUGUUCGGGCCGGACUCCUCGCAGCAGCGGGUCUUCGAUAGGGUGGCCCGGAGCUUAGUGACUGGAGCCCUGGACGGGGUCAACUGCACGCUUUUCGCGUAUGGCCAGACCGGCAGUGGCAAGACUUUCACGAUGUGCGGGGGGAAGGCCAAUUACAUGCGCGACAGGGGCAUCAUCCCACGGACUCUGAGCUCCAUCUUCGACGGGAUCGACUCGCGCGACGAUGGGGUUCUCUACAGCGUUUCCAUGUCCAUGAUCGAAAUUUACAAGGAGGUGGGCAGGGACCUCCUGGCAAGGGUCGCGGCGGAUACCAACAGGGCGCUGCCGCCAGUCACGGUGUCGCUGCGGAAGGGCGAGGAGCCGGUCAUGAUCGGAGCCAAACGCGUGGCCCUCGCCUCCGAGGAGGACGGGCUGCAGCAGUACUGCCAGGGCGAGGUGCACCGCGCCGUCGCGGAGACCGCACACAACCAGCGGUCCUCGCGCUCGCACUGCGUCUGCACGAUCUUCAUCGAGGCGUCCGACCCAGCCACGCAGACGGUGCGGACGUCGAAGAUACAGAUCGUGGACCUGGCAGGCUCGGAGCGGCUGAAGCCCUACGAGAAGGGCUCGCAGGAGACGAAGGGGCUGAUGAACGAGGCCGUAGCCAUCAACCUCUCGCUGCACCACCUGUCCGAGGUGAUCACCGCCCUGGGCAAGAAGGCAAAGGUGGUGCCCCACAGGAACUCUUUUCUCACGAAGCUCCUGAAAGAUGCGCUCGGCGGGAACGCGAAAGCGGCGAUGGUGUGUACAGUGGAUCCGGCCGACGCGUCCCUCCCCGAGACGAUCAACUCCUGUCGAUUUGCGCAGCGGGUCGCGAACGUGAGGACGGCCGCGAAGGUAAACGAGGAGCGAGACCCGCAGCUGCUCAUCGCGGAGCUGAGGCGGAGGAACGCCGAGCUGGAGGCGCUGGCCGCCGGCGGGGGGGCAGGCGACGCAGGGGAGCCGCCCGUCCCGGACGACGAGCUGAGGGUGCGCAUCCAGAACUUCCUGGAGGACGACGGCGGCGGCGCGGCGGGCGGCGCCGCCCUGAAGGUGGGCCCCAUGCCGCAGGGCGCGGUGGCGGCCUUCCGCCUGUUCCGGGAGCUCUUCUGGGAGCGCCUGCGCGCGGGGGGGCGCGCGGCCGACGCCAUCCCGGAGAGCGCGCGCGGGAGCCCCACGGCGGAGCUCUGCGACGACGCGGAGCCGGCCUCCCAGUGCAGGUCCGGGGCGGGCGGCGGCGCGGACCGCGCUGCGCUGGCCGAGUGCCAGGCGGAGUGCCGGAUGCUGCGCGCGGCGCUCGCGGCGCAGCCGCCGCCGCGGCCCACGCGGAAGGCGCCAGCGAGCUCGUCCAGGGAGACGAAGCUUCAGGCCAUGCUGAUCGCCUCCCAGGGCGAGUGCAAGAGGCUCAAGUCCGCGCUCGCGGCCCUCUCGUCGUCGUCCGGAAGGGUGCCGGCGCCGAGGCCGAAGCCCGUCGCGAAGCCGCGGCGCGCGGCGUCCAGCGAGCCGCGCCGAGCGGCGGCCAGCGCGGCGGACUUUGCGGCGAGCGGCGGCCGCAGCUCGCUGGCCCCGAGCGCCGCGGCCACGCUCUCGACGGCGGCGAGGUCCACGUCGAGUGCGCCGAGCCACUCGGCCUCCGCGGACCACGACCGGACCUCCUGCAGCUCCUUUGCCCCACCCCGCCCGCCGCCGCCGGCCGGGGCGGUCGCCGGCGAAGCCGCGCGGCCGCGCUCGGCCCAGGCCAGCGCUUCGGCCGCCGAGGCCGUGGGUGCGGGCGGGACGCUGCUCGGGCCUGCCCUCGCCGCGGCGCUGGCAGAGCCCGCGGCUCCAGUGUCGGAGGACCGCGGCGGGUCUCGGACCUCGGACGCGUGGCUGCGCGCCACGUCUGCGCUCACCGAGGAUGAGCUCGCAGCCUGCGGGAGCCGCUCGGGGGCCUACCGUGUGUUCCUGGCGAAGGACCCUCGCGCUGGCGACAUCUGGCAGGUGGACCUGCAGAGGCAGCGGACCACCAAGAGGGAGCUCAUGGAGGAGGCCAAGAGGCUGGGCGAGGAAGUCGGUGGCAUCAGGGAUGCCAUGGACCAGGUGCAGGUUGCCCUUGACAGCCUCAAGGGAAAGCUUCGCGAGGCUGAGGAUGCGGCCAGCAUAGACUCGUUGGCUCGGCAGCGCGCGGACACGCUGCGCGGCCUCAUCGCUGCCGAGGAGCCCCGGAUAAAAGGGAUCCUGGAGGAGAAGAGCCAGAGCUACCAUCGCGGCAUGGGCCGGCUCAAGGAGAUAAAGCACGAGCUUAUCCAUGCCGACCAUGCCCAGAAGGAGCUGGAGGUGAUGGUGAAGGCGGAAUUCGAGCGCUGGCGCACCCUCGUGGACCAGAGGUACCCCCUGGAGAUCGCUGCCGCGACAGCCGCGGUGGCAGCCGUGGGCUCCGCCGAGGGGUCCGAGGAUGGCUCGCGGACGGGCGUUUCCGAACCGGACGGCGAGGGCCUGCAGGUGGACGAGGGGGUGGCGCUGCAUUUGCGCGGCGAGGCCUCGAUCGCGUACGUGCGGGGCCAGCCCAAGUUCAUGUACGACGUGUCGUGCGAUCUCGCCUUCUCUGGGCUGCACCGCUGCAAGCCGUGCUCGAGGAGCCCCCCUGGCCAGCGGUGCUCCAGCUGCGUGCGAGUCAAGGGGUCGCUGGCCGUGGCGGACUUCAACUGGGCCUGCGAGGGCGACGCGUCUCUGCAGGUGAAAGCCCAGGUGCCGCCCGGGCCGGACCACGUCAAAAAGGCGGACCAGAGGGAGUGCACGAGGCUGGCCGAGGCCAAACUCAUACCAGCGGUCCGCGAGUUCCUCGACGGCUCCGUCUCCGAGUACAAGGCGUUGAGGUCCUCGGACGGCCCCAAGUGGUCGAGCCAGCUGCCUCCCGCCGCGCCCGCCGCCGCGGCGGCCCCCGCGGCGCCCGCCGCCGAGGGGCCGCCGCAGGCUGCCGAGGCGCCGGGGGCGCCGUGA